AUGUCAGACGACCAAGAAGACCUAAAUUUGAAUGAGCUUGUGGGCAACCUUUUAGCGGCGCAUAAUGAAGAGGAACUGCCGUCCCAGUUGGAGCAGGAACAAGUACAAGACUUGGAGGAAAUUCCAGAGCUGUCAGGACAAGCUCAGAGCGGUGGCCCGGAACUGGGAGACGAUGAUCUAGCGGCAGUGGUAGCGCAAGCGAUAAGUGGUAUACAAGAUAAAGAGCCGGCAGACCUACCCAGUGGUGCGCAAAGCAGCCAAAUACCUCAGCAUUCACCAGCUGCCAAUUACGGGCAGGAUGCUAAUAAAGAAGAAGAGUGGGCACAGAUUUUGCAACAGGAUCUUUUACAAGAGAGUCAGCUAAAUUCGCAAGACCAGAUUGAAAACUCGCUGGAAUUACCUGGAAUGGAUAACUUAGAUCAUGAGGACGAAGCACUGCGAAGGGCUAUCCUAGAAUCUCUACAGAAUCUGAACGUUGGUGAUACCCAGGCGCCCCCAAAUACCUCGGACGAAACCAGGGCCCAAGCCAAAACCAAAACCAAAACCAAAACCAAAGACAAGGACAGAGUCCAAGACAAAGAGAAGGAUUCACAUCGUAGAGACAAAAGUAAGUCCAAAAAGAGCAAGAACAAGGAUGCUAAGAAGUCAGACAAUAAGAAAAAGUCCAAAAAAAAAAAGGAUUCCUCCAAGAAACGUAAAGGCUCAACGAAAUCCGUUGCUCCUGUGGUGAGACCGAAACCUGUUGAAGAUUUAGAUUUAUUAAACUUUGAGGAUGUUAUCAAAGGUUUUAUGGACCAGGCGGCCAACAACGGUGAUUUCGCCCGACCCCGAUCCGAUGAUGGAAAUCCCCCAGAUGGGCAACAGGCAAGUGAUUCUUAUGAUGCAGAGACACGGGCGCUUGUUGAGGCAACACUCCAGGCUUUCGAAAACGAACUUUUGAUGGGGUCAAGCGCCACAGCUGGUAAAAAGCCUAAGGUUUCUCGAAAGACCAGCAUCCCAACAGAUAAAUCAGCUGUAUCCAGUGCCGAGCAGGGUGAAAUAAUUAAGCCGAUUGUACAGAAUUUGCCUAUUGGCAAGUCAUUCAAAGCGGGCUCUAGCGAUCUUCACAAGAAAAAGACAUCCAAAAAGGUUGAUCACCAAGCAGAUGUGUACGAUGAGGGCGAUUUUUCAAAAGCUCUAGCUGAAAUGGUUGACCAGGUGGUAAACACCUCGCUGGAAGAGGCACAUCCUAAUAUAUCUAAGCUGCCAGCAGAAUCAUCGGGAUCUAAAAGGAUUGAGCAAGUCCCUCUUUCGCCAUCAAAUAAUGAUAUUUCUUCCUUGACUGACAAGUCUACAGGCGACGGCACAAAUGCUAUGAUUCGACUCUCAGAGCCAGUUCCAGACACCUCUGUUGGAGUUAGUAAACUUGAUGAUUUGAGCCGCUCUUCUCCUACAUCCCAUCCUGGUGAAACAUCAACGCAAAAGGCAACUGUAUCCCAAAAUUAUACUCGCCCUAGGGAAUCACUUAACGUUCAAGACAAAAGCUCAUCUCCGUCCUUUUUGGAGGUUUCUGGAGAUUUGAAUAAACUGGCGCUGGAUAGCCAAAACCUUCAAUCAAGAAUGUCUUUUCCCGAUUCUAAGCAGCCCGCUGUCAUGGAGGGGAAUGGAGUAAGCGAAACACUUGAUCUGAAUCAAAUAAUGCAGAAUGCGAUGGCCAUGGCAUUUCAGGGCCAAUUGGGCCAUCAAAUAAGCCAAUCUGCCCUUGAUGACUUCAACCAGCAACUCCAGGGAUUUAAUGUAUCGCAACUGUUAGAGGGCAACGAGCCAGCAAAAACUAAAAAAAAGUCGUCUAAGAAGAAGUCGGGAGGCGAGAAGAAGUCGAAAAGCUCAAAAUCAAAACCCUUUAAGUUCAAGCACCUGGUGGAGUUGGGCUUUGGUGACGCAGCCACGAUAAAGUCCACAAAACAAAAGACGAAAGUAGCUAAAACAAGAGCUGUUAAGCAGAAAGAUUCCGAGCUUCGAGUGUUAGAUGGCGAGCAAAAGAAGACCAAGGGCAAUAGAAAAAAGGGUAUUUCAAGCCAAGAGUUCAGUGCCGCACUACAUGCCACCGGUGGAUCCUUUUCUGGAUUUUUCGAAGAGCUCCCCAAUGUACUUGAUAUCCAUGAGCCCAAAAAACCUGGUAGGCCAAGAAAAAGCCCUGCUCCGGCCCUCGUAACCGAUAAGUAUUGGAGAAAGAGAUACAAACUAGCAGCGAUAGAAGCUGCUACUAGGGCGAGGCGUCAACGAAUGGACAGAAAUAAGGCUCAUCGUAAGCAAAUCAAGGAUGAACGUCAUGCUAGGCGUCAAGAACGACACUUGAAGAAAGAGGAAGACAGAAUGAAGGAGGAACAAGAUCGGAGAGAGCUCGAGGUGAUAGUUGCAAGAGGUCCACCCUAUCCCCCCUUUCUGCGUUUGACAAAGAAAGGGACACCAAAGAAGCCUUUUAGACGUUACACAGCAGAUGAGAUGAAGGCACGGCAGGAUAAUAGCCCGCGUACAUCUGAUAUAAUUAAAUCCCACCUCAGAAGGCAGGUACAUGUUCCGGUUGCAAGUCUGCGUAAAAUCCCAAUUUCCGAUUUUGCAGCGGAUUUUGAUUCCGAGACAGCGAAUACGAGGGUCCAUAACACAGAGCGGUCUGCUGUACCAAUUCCUUUGAUUAGAGUUCAAAAGCUAUCGGAUAUUACAUUAACAGAAACGCGCCCUUCAGCGUUUUACGGUGGGCAGCGUAUUAUUGAGCAGAACCCAAGAGAACGCUUUUCUGGUUCACAUAAGAAACGCAGACGUUCAUCGAAAGGAGAUGUAAAAACUUUAUACAAAACUGUGGUUCAUCGAGAAAAAGUCUGCUUACAUCCACCCUGGUCUGUCCCUGCACACCCACCUCUUGCCCUACCUGCGGCGCGGAAGAAGAAAACUUCCAAGGUCAAAAAGACACCAGGGCAUUCAAAAUCCACCAGAAACCAGGGAGCCGCAACUUUCAUCUCUGGGAACAAGAUAAUACCAGCAUCUCUUUUCCCCAUCAUCAAUACGUUGAAAACAGCCGCGAGGGCCAAAGCUGCUGCUGGGGCAACUCCCGAAGAAGCCGGAAAACAGUUGGGUGCAAUGCUCCGCAAUGCUAGACUGACUAUCGCCCAAACGCUUGCCAGAGCCAGGAGUCGCCAUGCGCGAAAUUAUGAUACCAUGAAAACCAUGGCGGAUAUAAAAGAGCCUAGCGCUAAUAAAGAUUUAACUAAAGGGAGUAAACGCAUGCCUCUGUUCAGCUUGAGUAGUAUUAAAGCUAUCACGGAUGAACAUGAUGCGGUGGCCGACUCGUCAAGGGAUAAGACGUCAAUAAAAGUGGAGCCAGGUCAGUUUGAGGAUGCAGUGAGACGAAUUGGCGACCCCCCAUGCAAUACGGAAAUGGAGAGCAAACAAUUGCCUGUGUCCUCUGAUCAUUUAAGCGCUCCUAGCGUUAGCGCUGAUGAUAAAGUAACAAAGUCACAAAGUGCGAGAGAGAUUAAAACGGGCAAUGCACCACAGGGUGAUGGCGCUCAUCGCGGGCCGACGAGUACGUUGCACUCAUCCAUUGAAGCCAAUUCUUCAGAGAAUAACGGAGCCGUGAACAGAAGAGAACUCAAAAUGCCUGCUUCUUCUGGAAGAGAUUUGUCAUACCAAGAUGCAGAACGACCACUGAAGAAACUCAAAAGUGCGACCCAUGUCAAGUUGGAAUCUGAUCCAGUUAUACCUCCCUUGGUGAGGGAUUCAGAAAUAAUUCAUAAAAGUAGCUCAUCAGAGGUGAAGGAUGAACUUCCGCCAGAGGUACAGGCCGAGAUAACCCGUGCACUUAAGGACAUAAUCAGACCAUACGAUGGGCAUCGCAAGAAAUAUGUUAAAAAGUCAACUCCAGUCUUAAACUUGGACGGCGUGGUACCACCCAAAGCCAUUGCACCCGUCGAUGUCCCUGCCUCGAAAAAGGAAGUGAAAAAAGAAUCUCACCCUCGAAAGACACCAGAAAUUUUGGCCCCUCGGAUCUCGAAGUCUCCCGAAAGGAAGUCAGAAGUACGCAUCAAGACUCCUGGAGCUAAAGUUGGUUCAGCAAAAUCCGUUUUCGAAUCAAAAUUCCAUUUUGAUAUCCCCACCAAAAAUACGAAAGGAGAAGCUCUGCCAGUUAUCUCUAUCUUGAGAAGAGCCAAGGACCAUUUAAAUGUCGAGGAGUUAACUAAGUUGAAAAAGAGUAUGACAAAUGAGCGAAAGAGAAAGUGGCGAGAGGCGAAUGCCAGCAAAAACAAGGAACACGAUUUACGAGCCCGCUUGAGAAAAAGGGCCAAUGCGUUAUUUGGCAAUGAAGAUACUGCUGCUAAGAAUAAAUGGUUUGAUGAAGAAUAUACCAAACGUUCGGUUAAGGCGGAAGUUGGGAAUAAUGAGGAUGUUAAGCAGCCUACUCCGGAACUUCCAACUAGCAUUUCAGAUCAUGAGGUAUUGAAUAUGAUAGCCUGCAUUUUGGAGAAAGAAGAUGUUGCUCGGGCUAUAGAGAGGGAAAUUAAUGAAGAGGCGAACAUGGUUGGAAGCGAUCGCAAAGCAAUGAAACGAAAAGUGAAGGGGACGGUGGAAAAGCCUGUUAAGAUUGAAAUGAACGUUUCUCCCGUCUCCGGCGAUGCAAGAGUUGGUGACACACAUGAAAUUAAGCCAAAGUCGAACAAUUUGCGGUCCCCAGAGGUUCAAACUGACCCAAACGUGGAAAGUGUUGAGGAACCAGCCGAGAGCAUAGAUCCCGCUCUAGCCCAAUUAGGGAAAAGAGCACGAGAUGAAAGUGCCGAGGAAGAGUUUGAUGGGGCCAAGCGCAGAAGGAAUCAGAACACACCACCAGAAAAUCUACUACUGAAGAGGCCAGCUUAUAUCAAUAUGGAAAAUAUAUGA